AUGUCAGAUCAUUCCAGAGCGUCAAACAAGCGACGGAGACUACCAGAUGGAUCUUUUGAGGACUCUGAAACAGCCAGGGAAAUUGGUAAAGAAGAGAUGAGCUUCGAACUCUUGAAAUCUUACCGGGAUUUGACAGCUGAAGUGGUCAAGAAUCGAGUGGAAUUGGCUCGUGAUGGUGAUAUUGGGCUUGCUUUGAAUAGAAUUGGCGAUAUCAAUAUGUUAUUUGACAAAAUAACCAAUGUGGAUUCCAAUAAGACACCGUUAUUGGCGCAGGACGCUAGACUUGCACUAGGUAUCAGCCAGCUUGCGGAACUUGGGGCGCAAAAGUUGAAAAUCGAUGACUCUGGCAAAUCUUUGUCCGUGGAGGAUUUUAUAAACAGUGCUAAGAGGUAUAUGUUGAGGGAUCAUGACGUUGUCGCGACAGCUGAAAGUCAAGAAGAAGACCAGGAAACUGGUCACCAGGAAUCGGGUGACGUUCCAUUCAGUGAACUGCAAAAACUGCGCGCAAGAGAGGAGGGACGUAAAUACCUUCAGCAAUUUGCGCAGUAUCAAAAUUUCUUCCAGUUUGACUGGUUCAAAAUGGGGACAUUGUUCCAGGUAACCAGCAAAGCGGCCGUUACGACCGACCAUAUGCUGGGACCGUUUGGAGUGGAGAAAAGACCCCGCAAUGUGGCACAACGGCAGCAGAGAGACGUGGUUGGACGAGCAUCGCAAGCCAAAAAACUUUCGGAAAUGGCCAGCGAUGACCAAGGUCAAAGCACUCUGCACCAGACGGUCAGGUGUUUUGACGUUCUGCGAACAAGAAAAGGAUUCGAAAGUGUUAAUUUGUUUGAAUUCGUGCUACAUCCAACUUCCUUCGGCAAAUCGGUCGAGAACCUGUUUUAUACCGGUUUCUUGAUCAAAGAUGGCAAAAUUGUGUUGGAAGAAGGUGCGGAUGGUUUCCCAACAAUCAGAUUGAAGGAGAUGUUGCCGCGAGACCAAAUGGAAAUAGAGAGACAACGCAGAAAUGACGCCAAACACAAUCACCUCAUUUUCCAACUUGAUCAUGCAACAUGGCGGAAAUUGGUUCAAGAACUUAAUAUACAGCAGCCCUUCAUAGCUGACGACUAG